AGAAAUCGAACUCGUCUCAACCGUCUUUGUUCAGUCUGUCUCGUUGGUGGAGUUCGCUAGCCAAGAUGUCGUCGCUGCUAUCCAUCGGCGGAGCAGCGCUCUCCUUUCCCCCUCCGGCUGCCGGCCGCCGCCGCCCCAUUCGUGGCGGCGCCGAGGCCGGCGGAGCAGCGCUCUCCUUUCCUCCUCCUGCAGCCGGCCGCCACCGCUCCAUUCGUGGCAGCGCCAACGGCCUCGGAUCCGCCCAGGAGGCGGCCCUUGUCCGCCGGGCGGCGGAGGUGGCGGACCUCUCGGCGGGGUUCUCCGCCCCCCACCCCAACUCCGGGUGCCUGAUCACCAUGGGCUGGGACGUGGUCGGGCAGGGCUUCCUCUACGCGCAGGGCACCAAGUGCGCGGAGCUCCAGGCCGUCGAGAUGGCCGGCGGCCUCGCCCGCGGGGCCACCGCCUACCUAAACUUGGAACCCGACGACUGCUAUGGCGACCGCACCCCCGUCUCCUCUCUCGUCCAGGCAGGAAUUUCAAGAGUUGUGGUGGGGCUCAGACAUCCAUUGGAGCACCUGCGAGGAAAGGCGAUCAAAUCAUUAAGGAGUGAAGGUGUUCAAGUUGAUGUUGUUGGAGAGGAUUUAAAUGGUAAAGUAUUUGAGGAAGCUUUGAAGUCCUGCCUCGUAGUAAAUGCUCCAUUGCUUUAUAGAACUGCAUGUCAUGUUCCAUUCUCUAUUCUCAAGUACGCAAUGACCUUAGAUGGAAAAAUUGCAGCUAGCAGUGGACAUGCAUCUUGGGUAAGCAGCAAAUUGUCUAGAGGUCGAGUUUUUGAGCUGCGUGGGAGAAGUGAUGCCAUUGUUGUUGGAGGAAAUACUGUACGCCGUGAUGAUCCACAUCUAACAGCAAGACAUGGAGGGGGCCAUGUUCCGGUACGAAUUGUAAUGUCACAAACACUUGAUCUCCCUGAAGAAGCAAAGCUUUGGAAUGUCUUUGAUGCAUACACUAUAGUUGCAACACAAAGGGGUGCUCGAAAAGAGGUGCAGAAGAAUCUAGCAAGAAAAGGCGUUGAAGUGGUGGAAUUUGACAUUUUGAAUCCUAGAGAUGUUAUGGAAUAUUGCUAUGACCGUGGAUACCUCUCCAUAUUAUGGGAGUGCGGUGGGGCACUUGCUGCACCAGCAAUAUCUUGUGGUGUCAUUCACAAGGUUUGUGCUUUUGUUGCCCCAAAAAUCAUAGGGGGAAUAAAUGCUCCAUCUCCAGUAGGUGAACUCGGGAUGGUUCAAAUGUCACAGGCUCUUAAUGUAAUUGAUGUCUCAUAUGAACAGAUUGGACCAGACAUGCUUAUAAGUGGAUUCCUUCAGCCCAUCCCCGAUCUCUCACCUAUAAUUCCACAAGCUGAUGAAACUUCUGCUCUUGAUCCGGCAGUUUCUCCUUAUGAUACAAAAAUCAUAUCCUUUUAUAAGACAUGGGAUCUUUAUGGAGCGUUAUCAAACUUUUCUCCUCAUCCUGUGUGGAUGCCUGACGAAGAUGGAACUUAUUACACGUGGUCAAGUGUAGAACACUAUUAUCAGGCACACAAAUUUGUGGGUGUUGAUAGUCCACAAGCAAAGGACUUCAUUGAACAAAUCAAGUUAGCAAAGAGCCCUGAGGAAGCAGCACGCUUAGGCAGGAAAUUGCAGAGAGAACACCCUGAACUGGUUCGACCUGACUGGGAGUCUGUCAAGAUCGAAGUCAUGUACAGGGCUUUAAAAUGCAAAUUUUCGAUGCAUCCUCACUUGAAGUCCAUGCUACGUUCAACUGCUGGCUCUGUUCUUGUUGAAGCAUCACCCCAUGAUCUCUUUUGGGGUGGAGGCCGGGAGGGAGAAGGCUUAAAUUAUUUGGGUAGGCUGCUGAUGCAAUUGAGGUCAGAGAUUUUAAAAGAAAACUUGGAACUGAGGGCAAAGUCAUCUUGAUUCACAUAAAGAUGUAGAUUGAAAAUGUACAUUAAUUUGUAGAUUGCAAAUUGGUCUAUAACCUAGUGGUUGCACCCUCUCCACUUGGGAGUGGAUUCUGAGUGCAAAGAAGUGGAAAAAAAGAAAGAAUCUGGUAUUAAGUGGUAAAGGAGUUCAGAAA